GCAUGUCCAGGAAGCAAAGGCAAACAUGGAAAACUCGAAAAAACUUCCAAAACGAAUUGGUUUUACAGUAGUUACCUUGGAAUAAGAGCUUCAAAACGCGGUGAUUUUAAAAUGGCCCGGGAUUACUUCGAGAUGUCAUUGAAUGAAGCCAAACAGAUCCGGAACAAAGACGCAGAAGGAGUUAGCUAUAAUAAACUUGGCUGUGCCUAUCAGUCUCUCAGUGAUUUCAAAAAAGCAAUCGAGUUUCAUCAGGUGGCUCUAAGAAUUUCAAAAGAUACUGGAAACAAACAUGGAGAAGCAAAUAUAUAUAACAACCUUGGCAGUGCCUAUCAGUCUCUCAGUGAUUUCAAAAAAGCAAUCGAGUUUCAUCAGCUGGCUCUAAGAAUCGCAAAAGAUACUGGAAACAAAGAUCAAGAAGCAAUCACAUAUAACAAUCUUGGCAGUGCCUAUCAGUCUCUCAGUGAUUUCAAAAAAGCAAUCGAGUUUUAUCAGCUGGCUCUGAAAAUCGCAAAAGAUACUGGAAACAAAGAUCAACAAGGAACUAUAUAUAACAACCUUGGCCGUGCCUAUCGGUCUCUCAGUGAUUUCAAAAAAGCAAUCGAGUUUCAUCAGCUGGCUCUAAGAAUCGCAAAAGAUACUGGAAACAAAGAUCAAGAAGGAACUAUAUAUAACAAUCUUGGCCGUGCCUGUCAGUCUCUCAGUGAAUUCAAAAAAGCAAUCGAGUUUCAUCAGCUGGCUCUAAGAAUCGCAAAAGAUACUGGAAACAAAGAUCAAGAAGCAACUACAUAUAACAACCUUGGCAGUGCCUAUCAGUCUCUAAGUGAUUUCAAAAAAGCAAUCGAGUUUUAUCAGCUGGCUCUAAGAAUCGCAAAAGAUACUGGAAACAAAGAUCAAGAAGCAAUUAUAUAUAACAACCUUGGCAGUGCCUAUCAGUCUCUCAGUGAUUUCAAAAAAGCAAUCGAGUUUCAUCAGCUGGCUCUAAGAAUCGCAAAAGAUACUGGAAACAAAGAUCAAGAAGCAACUAUAUAUAACAACCUUGGCAGUGCCUAUCAGUCUCUCAGUGAUCUCAAAAAAGCAAUCGAGUUUUAUCAGCUGGCUCUUAGAAUCGCAAAAGAUACUGGAAACAAAGAUCAAGAAGCAAAUAUAUAUAACAACCUUGGCAUUGCCUAUCAGUCUCUCGAUAAUUUAGAAAAAGCAAACGAGUAUUAUCAGCUGGCUCUUAGAAUCGCAAAAGAUACUGGAAACAAAGAUCAAGAAGCAGCUGUAUAUAAUAACCUUGGCUACGUCAAUCAGUCUCUCGGUGAUUUUAAAGAGGCGUUGGAGCUUUAUGAGCUGAGUCUAAGAAUCAGAAAAGACACUGGGAACAAAAAUGGAGAAGGACCUACAUAUAUAAACCUCGGCAAUGUCUAUGAGCAUCUCGGUAAUUCCAAAAAAGCAAUGGAAUUUUAUCAGCUAGCCAGAGGCAUAGCAAACGAAACUGGAAACAAAGAUGCAGAACAACGUGGAUAUGAUAACCUUGCCCAUGUUCUUUGGUCCCUUGGCGACUACUCCAAAGCUGAGGAGUGUUUUAAAUCCUGUAUUGAACUGGUAGAGGAAAUGAGAGUCCUCCUUGAAGGAAACGACGAGUGGAAAAUCAGCUUUCGGAAUGAACGUGAUUGCGUUAGUCGUUUAGUGAGACUUCAAUUACAACAACGCACUGAACGUAAGACACUCGAGGCGCUUUUAACAGCUGAGAGGGGACGAGCAGAAGCUCUCGUGGACCUAUUAGAAUCGCAAUAUGGCGUCAGGAAAUCAAUCUGUUCGCUGUCGAAACAGCAGACGGAACUGAUCAUUUCAAACCGUAUUUCGUCACCCACGUUAUUUCUAAUGAAUGAUACCAAGUCAGUGAAUAUCUGGAUGCUGUUAAAGGGGGGAACGCGGUAUGAAUUUGUGCAACAGGGAGUCAGUAAUGACUUGACAUCAAUGACUUACCAAACCUACAAACAGAUUGGUGUGAACAAAAGCCUGUGGAAAAAGAUUCUCUCCCGGAAAGAGAUUGAAGACCAGGGUGGUGCUUUAAAAGUAUUGUACGACAUGAUUAUCGCUCCAUUUUCACACUCGAUAGAAGGUGAUGAACUCGUUAUUGUUCCUGACGGUUCAUCAUUCCUAAUUCCUUAUACUGCCCUUGUGGACCAAAAUUCCAGGUACUUAUCUGAAACGCUUAGAAUUAGAUUGGCUCCAUCACUGACAACCUUAAGGCUGCUGGCAGAAUGUCCGGAGGGCCGCCAUAGUACAUCGGGGGCUGUACUUGUUGGAAACCCGUGGGUGGAAACUGUACGUAUCAAAGGCUGCAGAACGUUUCCGCAGCUUCCAGGCUCUGAGGAAGAGGUAAAAAUGAUUGGACAGAUUCUAAACAUCGAGCCUCUUACCGGAAAGAACGCUACAAAAGAUCGCGUCUUAAGUGGGCUCAACUCAGUUUCGUUAGUGCACAUAGCAGCAUGUUACCGUACAGAAACAGGAGAAAUUAUUUUGUCUCCUAAUUUUCCUACUGCCAAAAGACCUAAAGAGAAAGAUUUUCUUUUGACGAUGGCAGAUGUGUUGGAUGCAAAAGUGCACGCCAAGCUUGUUGUCUUGAGCUGCUGCAACAGUGGUCGAGGAAAGAUCAAAGUAGAAGGCGUGGUUGGUAUUGCACGUGCCUUUUUAGGAGCUGGUGCGCGUUCUGUUAUUGCGACGCUGUGGCACAUUGACGAAGAAGCCACUCUUGCAUUUAUGAGACACUUUUACGAACAUUUAGUAGCAGGGCAGAGUGCAAGUAAGUCGCUUCAUCAGGCCAUGAAAAAGAUGCGCGAGUCGGAAACAUUCAAUGCCGUGAAGCACUGGGCGCCAUUCGUGCUGAUUGGUGAGGACGUAACAUUGAAUUUUGGCCAAUGA